GAGAGAGAAAGAGAGAAACCCCAUUUACACAUUUUCAUUUUCACUUCCUCUCCUCUCCUUUCCUCUCUCUCUCUCUCUCUCUCUCUCACUCUCACACACCUCCUCCAGGCUCCAGCCCAGCCACCACCCACCACUCACACACCUCCUCCAGGCUCUCUAAAACAAUAAUAAUGGCUUCUUCUUCAGAAAUCACAACACCAUCAAACUUUUCUUUCCCAAACCCAUUCAUGUCUUUCUCCGACCUCCUCGCCGAAGACUACCCUUCCACCACCACCACCGCCGCCGCCGUCAGUCGCGGACUCUCCGAUAGAAUAACCGAGAGAACCGGUUCCGGUGUCCCCAAAUUCAAGUCAAUUCCACCUCCUUCCCUCCCCCUCUCCCCUCCACCUGUCUCUCCUUCUUCUUACUUUGCAAUCCCUGCUGGUUUAAGCCCUGCUGAGCUCUUGGACUCCCCUGUCCUCCUCUCUUCUUCCAACAUUCUACCAUCUCCAACAACUGGGAGUUUUCCAAUUCAGCGCUUCAAUUGGAAGAGCAAUUCUAAUAAUCAUAACCAGGAUAUCAAACAGGAACGAAAGAACUACUCUGAUUUCUCUUUCCACACCCGAACAAGGCCUCCAACGACAUCAUCCACAACAACUUUUCACUCUCAAGUUGGAAACCAAACAUGGAGUUUCCAAGAAACUACCCAGCAAGAGGGUAUGGUCAAAUCUGAAUUGGGUUCCAUGCAGCAGGCCUACUCACCCGAGAAUUCCACAAUUCAGACCAAUUCUCAAAGCAACAACAAUGGGUUUCAAUCAGAUUAUAAUCAGUAUAACCAGUCAUCAUCUAUAAGAGAGCAGAGAAGAUCAGAAGAUGGAUACAAUUGGAGGAAAUAUGGACAGAAGCAAGUGAAAGGGAGUGAAAAUCCGCGGAGUUAUUACAAGUGUACAUUCUCUAAUUGCCCAACUAAGAAGAAAGUUGAGAGAUCAAUAGAUGGGCAAAUCACUGAGAUUGUUUAUAAGGGUAAUCAUAACCAUCCAAAGCCUCAGAAUACUAGGAGAUCAUCUUCAUCAGCUUCUUCUCAACCAAUUCAACACUCCAAUGAAAACCCAGAUCAGUCCUUUGCCUCAAAUGGACAGAUUGAUUCAGUUGCUACGCCCGAGAAUUCUUCCAUCUCAAUUGGGGAUGAUGAUUUUGAACAGACCUCUCAGAAGACUAAAUCAGGUGGAGAUGAGUUUGAUGAUGAUGAACCUGAUGCCAAAAGAUGGAAAAUAGAGGGUGAGAGUGCAGGAAUGUCAGGGGCAGGGAACAGGACAGUUAGAGAACCAAGAGUUGUAGUGCAGACAACAAGUGAUAUUGAUAUUCUUGAUGAUGGGUACAGAUGGAGGAAAUAUGGACAGAAGGUGGUUAAGGGAAAUCCUAACCCAAGGAGCUACUAUAAGUGCACAAGCCAAGGUUGCCCAGUGAGAAAACACGUCGAGAGAGCUUCCCAAGACCUAAGAUCCGUGAUCACAACCUACGAGGGCAAGCACAAUCAUGACGUUCCCGCUCCACGCGGUAGUGGCGGCGGCAAUAGCAUCCAUUCUGUCAACCGGCCUUUGGCCAAUUCUACUACCAACAACAAUGCAGCCAUGGCAAUUAGGCCUUCAGCAAUGCCCCACCAAUCCACCACCGCUACCACCACCAUCAUGACUAAUCCAAUUCGCAAUUCGAGGCUCCAAACAUCCGAAGGCCAAACACCCUUCACCUUGGAGAUGUUGCAGAGUCCCGGGAGCUUCGGAUUCUCAGGAUUUGGGAGCUCUAACUACAUGAAUCAGUCUCAACACACAGACAAUUAUAUGUUCUCAAGAACCAAGGAAGAACCUAGGGAUGACACCUUCAUCGACUCGUACCUACGAUGAAUAGUUUUUAAUUUUUUUUUUUCUUUUUUUGGAAGGAUUAAGAUUACAAUCAAUAACUAGGAGGUAUGAAGGUUUUGAUUCAUUGGUUUUAGUUGUGUCAUUUUUUGUUUGCUCUUUUGGUGUAUAUUUCUACAGGGGAUUUUUUUUUUGUAUAUUAAAAGGAAAUAUGAUGUAGAAGUUGCUCAGGUUUUUUUCUUUUGUUUUAUUUAUUUAUUUAUUUAUUUUUCCAAGGCCUAAAAAGUGUAGAGCGUCAAUUCAUUGUGGUACAA